AUGUUGGAAAAAGCAAGCUACAGAAGACUGUCAAGUGAUGUGGAUACUACAAGCUCUGUCCAUCCUGCAACAUCUGCAAGUUGGUUAUCAUUAUUAUCCUUUUGGUGGAUGGACGGCAUAUUCAGAAUGGGGAACAGGAGACCCUUGGCACACUCUGACAUACUGCCUCUUCACGAGGAAGACAAGACCAGAGAUCUGACAGAGAGCCUUCAGAAGGAAUGGAACAAACACGUAAACGAACUCAACAAGGACAACGAGUGUAAAAACCAACAACCCAGCCUCUGGAAGUGCAUCGUCAGGACCACGUCUUUAAGGAAGAUUUCCUUCCUGACAUGUUUUGUGCUCUUGGAGUCAGUAUGUCGUGUUUUACAGCCAUUCUUCCUCGGUUUGCUCCUUCAUUUGCUCCGUUCCUCUGAGAGAGACUACUCUUUAGCCUAUGGAUGCUGUUUCCUGCUAAUAUUAAGCGGCUUAUCUACCGCCUGUAUUCACUAUACUGGGUACCAGUUAGAACUUCUAGGAAUGCGACUCAGCAGUGCUAUUAAGGGUCUUAUAUACCUCAAGAUACCGUUGGUCAGUAAACAGACGCUUCGAAAAGUGACAAGUGGAAAUGUUAUCGACUUAAUUUCAACUGACGUUGAAAGAAUUGAAUUGGCACCCAGACGAAUAUUCAUGUCGACAUUCACAAUACUCGAAAUCGCAGCUGUGACUUCCUUAUUGUUUUAUCUCAUCAGUUGGGAAGCAAUAAUGGGAGUUUUCUACCUUGUGGCGGUGAUUCCAUUUGUCAUGAUUAUCUCAUCCCUGUGUGCCCAGCUGCUGCAGGAAACAGCCACCGUGUCCGAUCAUCGCAUAUCAAUGAUGAUUGAACUCAUAUCAGGCAUUCGCGCACUUAAGGCUAACGCCUUGGAGAACAUCCAUAAGGAUAGGAUUCAAGAAGUAAGAAGGAAGGAGAUCUGGAUCAUCCUAAAGAGGGGAGCUCUGUUAUCAAUUGUGGAAUCUCUGCCGUUUACUUUAGGGGCUGUAGCUACGUUUCUAUCUGUCUUAGCUCUCAGCCUCGAUGGCCAUCUAAUUUCACCUACCACGGCGUUUAUGCUUCUGGCUUUCAUUAACACACUUCGAAUUACCAUCACACGAUUCUUUUAUGCUAUUACCUCAGUGUUUGAGUUGUGGAUAUCUUUAAAAAGAAUCAGAAACUUUCUUUUGCUGAAAAAUAUAUCUUCAAUGGGCUUGGAAUCCACUGAGAAGCCUCCUGGCCACCAAGAUCGUGUUCAAGAACCUAAAAACAACUUCCCAGAGCUUUAUGUUCGAGGCCCCUUAAAAACAGAAGAUAAGAGUGAAGAAAUAAUAUCUGAAAAUCAAGACUUUGAUG